CCUCGUGUAUACAAUUUCAUACUAAAUGCGAAAAGAGUCGCGGAAGUAUCGCUGUCACGAGAGUCUUUGAAUAGAAUUGAAUUUAAGUUAAGUUCGCUACAAGAAAACUAAUCAAAGGUCUUCAAAAUUGAUAUUUAACGGCAACAUAAGUUCUUGGAACAAAAACGUGCAAAACAUACCGAUAGAUAUAUCGCAACAUCGAUUCUAACAUUUCACAUUUGAGCAGUCGAGAUCCCAAUCAAUAGAUAGUCUCAAUAAUGCGAAUAACCAGAAAGCAGAUGAAAAAUUUCGUAGCAAAGCAGACCAAUCUAGCCAGAAAGUAUUCCUAUUUGAAGAAGCCACGUUACAUCCUUCAGCUGCAACUGACGUUGAAGAAGCAUCGAGUCGUUUUGCUGUUCAAUCAAUUGCGAAUAUUUGGUGUGAAGAGCAAAGACGACAAGCAACGGCAAAGACAGUGUUCGAAGCGAUUCCAAAAGAAGUGCCAUGUACGAAACAAAUCGAAAACCGGUGAUGGGAACAGUUCCCAGGCACCGAAACCAAAAUCUAAAGCUCAAAUCAAUAAAGCAACCGAUGGUGGAGAGAAAAUUGAUGCGCCGAGCGAAGCUGUUGGUUCGUCAGCGACUGCUACUCAAUCCGAAACAAUUGAGGCGAAAAAUUCCACAGAUAACAUGAGAGUGUUCGGCACGCCCGAACGAGAUGAGGCCAAAUGUGUUCCUGCAACGGCGGAAGAAGUUAACGAACAAAUUCGCGAACAAUUAAAAUUGUUACAGAGCGGCAGAAGAUCGUCCAUAUCUUUACUGCCGAGUAGCGGUAACACGACUCGUGGUAGUUCGGUCAUUGGAGCAAAAACACCGAGCUGUACUAGUACGCCAUCGUAUAGUCGACAUGCGUCUUACUCUUCCUUGGAGGGUGAUCCAAUUAGGUCAACCGAUGGACAUGCAGCGAAAUCAACUACUGCAGCAACAUCAGCACAGACCAUUUGCAAUCAGAAGCCAAAGUUUAUCGAUUCUUUGAUCAGCAAACUGAAAACUCAGGGAUUGAAUUUACCAACGUCAACCAACGACGAGAAUCAGUCACCGAGCACACAAUCAUCACCAGAAAAAUCGGCACCGAAUCCACCACCGCAAAAGCCGUUGAUCGAAUAUGAAUCCACCAUCGAUAAUGCCAUCGAUGACAGUCGACUAUCCGAUCAUUCAACGUCGUCUGCGGAUGGUUUUCUCGGAUUCAAAGAGGACGAAGCGCAAUUCGAACGGCCCAACAUUCCAGGAAUGCUACCGACUCCAGUGGUUCGGAAGUCCAAAGGUGUCAAAUCGGCAUUCGUCAGCGAAGAAUUGGACAAUUUUAUGAAGGAGAAUGCCCUGGACAAUAAUUCCUAUCGAACGGCACCGCUGAAAAAACGACACGAUGAAGCAAUGAUGUACGCUGAGGCUGAACCGCCGAGUUUACUCUGUCCGCAACUGCCGAGUGAUGUGGAGAAACCGCGAACGGUUGCCGAAAAACGACAACUGCUCGAACGUAAGGCCGACAUUAAGUACCUGAUGAUUGAGAACGAAUCGACGGUGUACAGAGAGUUGCGAAAACGUGCCAAAGCCGGUCCGGUGCCCAACUACACGCUCAUCAGGAAUAUUCAAAAAAUGAACAUACCAUUCACAAGGGACUGUUGGCGCGCAACGUGCUGGCUGAACACACCAAAUGGACGUUUCUACUAUCAAACCAUCCGAGACAAUGGUAAAGAUGUGAAAGUAAUGGGCGGUCGGGGAAACAACAUCGUCAAAGAACUCGUUCAACUGAAGCCGAUGAACAAGAAAAGAUUCGCCCAUCAGGGAUGCAGUAAGACGUGCAGGCUCAUCGGCAACAUCAAAAUCAACGGUCUUGACGAACUGAUUACCGAAACGACCAAUCAAAAUUCAGAGUCGUCAUUUACGGCCAAGAAACUGAAUACUCUGUCCGACGGCUAUUCGUUCCAAAAGCCAGGCCCAUUGUCACUGAAGAAACUGAAUCCAAUCAAAUCGUCUAUCGAUGUUGAAUUGGGACCCCUGGAAUUGUACAGUUUGCCAACCAUUCAGUUGGAAGUGUGGCCAAAACUGGAUCAUCCGUUGCCCGAAGCCGUUCAUCCUUACCUGAAACUCGCAUUGCCGUACGAGAACAUCACACCCGAGUGGGCCGAAUUUGCUCUAUCGACAUUAAAGCAAGCCACUCCUCCACCCAGUCGCCGCAAACGCAAACGAACCACAACAGAACCAACCGUCGAUGCUAAUCGAUCGUUUACCUUUAACAUUCCGUACAUGAACAAUCAAAGUCGAAUUUUGGUGCGGAAGCGCCGGCAAAUGGUGCCCGUCAAACUGGCCAAACUCAAUUCCAUCAACGACAAUGAGAAGGCGGAACUGAGCUUCAUGAAAGAUGUGGAUAAAAGUGAUGAAGUUGCUGUGACUGUGGCCGAUGUUCUCACCGGUAUGAUUGAUUCGGUUGCGUUGUCAUUGUGUGAAGCGUCUAUGGUCACAGACGAUCCGCAAAUCGACUAUGGCAAAGUGGAUGGACAGGUGGAGAGUGGUGAUGGUAAGACAGUCGGAAUGAAUGCGGUCGAUGGGAAGAAUAAAAAGAAUACACCGGGCGGGAAGGUUGUGAAAGAACUGAAGAAGCUGAAUGCCAAGAUCAUUCACGGAUUCGACGAUUCAUGGGUGAAGAAAGAGGAAUGCCGAAAUGCGUUUUGCCGGCUCGGUUGCAUUUGUGAUAGCCUUCGUGGCGCCCAAACCUAUUCAUAUCACUGUAAGGAGGUAGAUUGCAUGUUUCAAUGCAAAUGUCCGAGCAGUAAAGUUAACACCAGCACUUUCGAAAGUGCCGUCCACAACAGCGACAUAAAACAAUAUUGCGAUCGUAUGAACGCAUCGUUGGCCAAAGAGGAGAAAGACUUUACCGCAACGGUGGUGGUGUCCGAAGGCAAAACGAUCUACGUGCCGACGUGGGACGAAAAGAAGAAACGACUGAAGAAGGUGCCAAAACGGCUUAGCGAUUGCGUUCAAUUCGAAAGUGAUUUUGUACAUCGUGAUUUGUCCGAAACGCUGUUGACCAAAGAGGAGAAUCGGAUGCGUGCAUCGAAACCGGAAAAGGUGGAACGGGUGGACGACCAGGUGCUGACGUCGAGUAAGAAUGACAUGGUCAAAAGUAUGAUCCAUGUGAAUGUCAACGUUGAACGUCUGGAUGCGUUGGACAAUUUGGAGCCCUUGUGCAUGAUUCACGGACUGUACAAAUGUUUUUGCAAAUUUCGGGCGGUCGACGGACGUCGUUUCGAGUUCAGCAAUUCGAAAAUCGAUGUCAUUGAACAGCCGGUCUACACGAAAAAGCGACAGUACACAUUCGAGCGAAACAAAGACGAACCGGCCAACAAAUACAUGGCCGCUGCCGACGAAGACCUGGACUAUUCAACAACGUGCCGUCGUGUGCGUGUGGUCGACACCAAUCAUCAGAAAAUCAAAAAUCGGGUUCGCUUGGAGACCAUACGUCGAAAGAUCAAAACUAUCGAACGAGACCAUCCCGAACGGAAGCGACUGCUUGAGAAUCGUAUUAAGCGAUGCAUAGCCAUGCCGGAGGUUGGUCAACUGGUGACAGUACCUGAUGUCCGCGACGACAGAUCGGGAAUGUCGAAUGCGGAAGUGAAUAAAUCCAGCCAUUCAGUGGAAUCGGAUGUUAUGGAACAGUCAAGUUCGGCGGAUGUCCGGGAUUCAAUCACAAGCGAUGCCAAUGCGACCAAAUACCGUUCCAGGUUCAACAACAUUAUAUGCAAGACAAUGCAAGGAAUCAGUCAGAAAUUGAAGUCAAUGACCAGUCUACCCAGUCCGGUCAACAAAGCUUUCUAUUACAUGCAAUGGAAACAUUUCCUCUCCCACUUCAAUGCCGAUCGCAUCUACGUCUGGGAAGUGCAGCUGAAUACCAAAGAGGUCUUGCUUGUCGUUACCGAUAAGAACAUCAUGCCCAUCGUGUCAAAUGCAAUGUAUGUGAUCAAUAUAAAGGCUGUGUCGACGGAACGACUGCCUCUGCUGCCGAAAUUGAUCAAACUCGGUGUGGAAAAUGAAGAAACGGACAAACUGUCGGUCUUACUGUUUGGCAUAUCGAACUAUUGGCGAGUGCUCGGCUGCACACAUAGCAAGAAUGAUUUCAUGAACGAUCGCGUCAUUGCAGUGCCGACACCCGACGCAAAUCCAGCCCUUGCAUCAAAAAUUUCAUCCUUGUUCAACGACAUGGUUAAAUUGACGGCACAGAACCGAUCGAAGCCGUCGGCACAUCCAUCCAACAUUUGCAUUCGCAAACUGGAUACGUCUAACAUCGACAAAAUCCAGCUACCGAUUCCGGUCAACGAAAAUCAGCGCUGGUAUUUUAUGCUGUCCCUGGCCAACGAUUUUUCGCACAUCUACGUUCCCGCCUGGAAGCAAUUCAUCAGCCACAAAAAGAUUAUGUUGGCCAUUGACCACGCAAAGAAGACUCAACAGACCGUUCAAUGGGGACCGGAUAAUCUGUCGCCGCAGGUGUAUGUGUCGCACAACUCCGAUAUGAAACUGUUCUUUGGUCCUAUGGUGAAAAAUGAAACGCUGAGCCUGCAACUGCUCCAACAGCAUGAAGGCAAAAUGAUACAACGCGAAGAGUAUCAACGGAUGACCGAACAAACGACGAACGUGAACGUAACCGUCGGUACAUGGUUGUACAUGAAAGACGAUCAUAAGAUGGUCGGUGAUUUUACACCGGAUAACCCAAAGUUGCGAACGUAUCCGCCGCAAUCGAAAAACCCCGCAAUGAAACCAUCGACGUCCACGUCGCUGGGAUUUAUCCGGUUAAAACCAUCAACCGUUACCAGCAAAACCAUGAACAUCACGCUAAUGUCACCCACUUCAUCGGAAGGUUUCUCGAAUUGUACGACGUCGACGCCGGCAGCAUCAAGCUCAAGCAGUGUUCCCAGUUCGGACCUUGUUCGACAGUUAUCACUCGGACUGCGUGCCAGACCAGCCAAAGCAUUGAAUAAAUCGAAUCCGGAAACGGGCUCAAUCAAAGUUGUCGACACAAAACUGUUGAUGUCGCCACAGUUCCUUGGAGCGUCAUCAUCGACCCCGACAACAUCUACUGCACCGACUUCGACGAUUCAGUCGAAACCCAUCACACUGACCCUUACGAACAGCAUGCAAUCGAACUCCGAUUGGAAAGAUGUGUCGAAAGGUGUGCCGAUACGAGGCCGUCGAUUUACAACGUUCGUGUCGAACAACAAACCGACGUUGAAAAGGAUGCUGCAGCAGCCCAUCGGUGACAAACCAUCGCCGGUAGACAAACCUCUGACUUUGAAUGUUCAACCGGAAAUUAAUGCAAAACCAAAAUCAAUUCCGUCAAGCAUUCGAGAGCGGAGAUACACAACCAUCGUGUCGACUGGUGGCAAGCCAUUUUUAGCGAAAAAUCAGUUUCAAAGUGUCAGACCGCCGGUGAAUGUAAAGAAUUUUGAAUUGGUUCAAAAUCCGGGUAAUAAAUUGACCCUGACACCGAUUCCAGUGAAAGAGUCUUCCGGUCAAGUGCUGCUAAACAGACCGGUCAUAAUCAAAAAGAUAGAUCCUGCCCAUUCGGUGACACUACAUCGAAGCAAGUCCAUCGACCUGUUAAAUCCGCACAAACAUAGACCACUCUCACCGUCCAAUAAACAAUCAAACAUUCUGCCAGUAGCGUCCACAUCCGUUGCCGGAAGACAAUCAUCCGCUCCCAUUGUGGUCAUUAAGCCAUCAAAUUUCAAUUUAAAUUUGCCAGCCAAGGUGUCCUCUGCGUCGAUCGCCCUGGAUGGAAAAUCGUUUGUUUUGAAGAAGAGCAAUCAUCCGCCGCCCACAUUGCGAUUGGUGCCAUCGAACAUAAGAAAAUUGGCGAACAGAAAUCCGAUAAAGGUCGAAACCGAACCGACACAGUUGACUGAUUCCGAUGAUGAAUCGACGCCGAAACCACAAGCCACUUCAAUGCCAUCGGAAACCAGUCAAACCGUCAACGGUUAUUUCAUCAGUCAAGUCGAGGGUCUGGGUAAAAUCAUGGCCAAAAGGUUAUUCGCUGCCUAUUCGCUGAAUCUGCCUGGCGGAUCGAGAGUGUUCCGUACGUUCAAAUUCUGCGUCGACUAUCUCAAUAAGACCUACCUGAAGGACAAAAUUUUCGCGAUGGUGCCCGCAAAUCUGAUGAUCGAAUGGAAAUUCGUUGUUAAUGAAAGCAGUCAUGCGGCCUAUCAACCGCAUGAUGACAGUACCUUACGAAUGUCAAUGGUUCUAACCGAAACCGAACUGAUCGAUUUGAACAGUGACUUCCAUUCGAAUGAACGGUUUCCGCUGGAACUGCGCCAUCAUUUGUUGGUGUUACGGUUGGCGCACACUUGUAUGACAAAUUCCGAGGCACGCCACAAAUCCGGACUGGAUAUUGUACGAAAGAGUGAGAUUGUUAUAAACGGACUCAAAGGUGAGAAUAAGAAGCUGCACAACAAUCUGAGAGCGUUACGGAUUGAGAAGCGAUUGAACAUUCUGAAAUUGAAUGAAUUGAAGAAACGGCAUGCUGCGGAUGCAUCGAAUGGAACACCGGUGGUGGAGCAGACAAACGAAAUUAUUACCAUUGAUUCGGAAGAUGAAUGAAGCAUUGUGUUGGUCGGGAGUUUUUUUUUGAUUUUUUUUUUAUUUGUUUUGAACGAUAUUUGAACUAUCAUGUUACAGUCACGUUUCACUAUUUAUUGUUACGCUCCCCCUUUAUCAAAAGUUGUUAGAAUUAAAAAGCCGAUGGAACUUUCGCUGUGAAUAAAAAAUGAAAUUGUUUC